AUGAGGCUGGUGGAGGGCUCGGUCUCCCUGAGGGUGCCCCUCUUGCUGCUUGGGCUCUGGGUGGUGCUGGCUCCAGUCCAGAGUUCUCAAGGUCGUCCCUCGUGGCGCUACAUCUCCUCCGAGGUGGUGAUUCCCAGGGAAGAGCUGCACCUUGGCAAAGGUGUUCGGAUUCCAGGCUGGCUCUCCUACAGCCUGAGUUUUGGGGGCCAGAGACACGUUAUCCACAUGCGGCGAAAGAAACUGUUUUGGCCCCGAAAUCUGGUGAUAAUGACUCAGGAUGACCAGGGAGCCUUGCAGAUGGAUUACCCCUUUGUCCCUCUGGACUGUUACUACCUCGGCUACCUGGAGGACGUCCCUCUUUCCAUGGUCACCGUGGACACGUGCUAUGGGGGCCUGGAAGGUAUCAUGAAGUUGGAUGACCUUGCCUAUGAAAUCAAACCCCUGAAGGAUUCCCACAGGUUUGAACACAUAGUUUCUCAGAUAGUGGCAGACACCAAUGCCAUAGGACCCAUGUUCCCGCUGGGACACAAGGAAGAGAGGCACCCCCUGUCGUCUCAGGUGAACGUCAGUUUAGUCUCCAGGGUCAGUAGUAAGCUCUACGCAUCCCANGUCGUCUCAGGUAUUGUCUUUAUGGCUCACUUAAACAGACAUCACUUUUUGCUAUCGAUUAUAGCCACCCACCAAGUCUCGAAACUUUUCGGUCUGUUUAUUGAUGGUGCAGAAUGUAUUUGCCAGAGAAGGACCACCUGCAUCAUGUACAGAUACCCUGUGUUGACAGAUUCAUACAGUAACUGUUCCUAUUUUCACAUGCAAAACGUGGUUAGUAAUACUUUAGCACCCUGCUUGUACAUCCCUGCUUUCACGUAUUACAAUCAAAGCCUGGUAUUGGACCGAUGCGGAAACUACUUGGUGGAGGGCACAGAGCAGUGUGACUGUGGGUCCUUCAAGGAGUGUUAUAACAACCCAUGCUGCAACAAUGACUGCACCUUUACGCCUGGGACUUCCUGUAACACAGGCAAGUGCUGCGCAAACUGCACCAACGUGGUCCCAGGGACGAUGUGCAGAACAAUGCAAAGCAUCUGCGAUCUUCCGGAGUACUGCCCCGGGUCAACCCCGACAUGCCCUGCAGAUGUUUAUCUGCAAGAUGGAACCCCUUGUACCGAAGACGGCUACUGCUAUCAUGGGAACUGUACUGACCGCAGCCUGCACUGCAAGGAGAUCUUUGGUAUUGACGCGGAGAAUGGGCCAGACCACUGCUACAACAUGAAUAAGAAGUCCAACCGGUUUGGACACUGUGGUAUUACUUUCUCACCCAAACUGGAGGAUUGUGGUGAUGCGAACAUUAAGUGUGGGCGCCUACAGUGUGUCAACGUCACUCAUUUGCCUCGGCUGCAGCAACAUGUGGGAUUCCACCAGUCUCUGAUCAGCGGGACCAUGUGUUUUGGGGUGGGUUCGCACCGUGGGUCAGAAGCAACUGAUGUUGGUGCUGUGAGAUCUGGUACCCUCUGUGAUGAUGGAAAGUUUUGUCUUGACAGUCGUUGCAGUGGUACUGUGAGUGACAUAAAUUAUGACUGUCCCCCUUCAAAAUGCAAUUUUCAUGGAGUUUGCAACAAUAGAAAUAACUGCCAUUGCCAU